UUAAAGAUGUAAUUAUGCUCGGACUAAGUCGUGAUCAGCAUUAAAAUAUAAUUCUUCGUUCUUCAUUGUUUAUUCGCAAUUCAGAAUUGAAAUCGAAUUUAAUUGAUUGAUAUUUUUGUUUGUUUUGAAUAUUUGUCAUUCGGAGCGUUGAAGGAAAUGUUAAUAAUAUGCUAAUAGUUCUAUUAAAAUUAAAUAAUUCACACAUCAGGUUUUUCGUAUGCCGCUAAAGCCGAAAGCGCUUAAAUCUUCAUUUCUUUUUAAGAAUAUUCGCAACGCAUAAGCACUUUCAAUUCACUUUCAAUUCAAAUUCACUUUCGUCGAGAAUCCCCAAAAAUUUCACUUUUACUUGAUUUCCAAAAAUAGGUUAAACCUUUCCAGCACACACAAAAGAAACGAGAUAACAAAACAUAUUCAAUGCAUUAUUCUGGACAAUGAUGAAAUCCGUUAGGAGAUGGCCUUUUGAAUUUCGAAUUGAAAUGAAUGCACUUGAUCGAAAAUGUUGGCAAAGCUCGAAAUUGUGUGGGCGUACAUGAAAUGACGGUGAGGGGGAACCGAAGGAAAAAUCAAUACUGUCACAGCUGUUUCGUGUACAACAAGUGUAACGUCGCACACAACCGGAAAAUAUUGAAAAUCGAAACUUAAAUCGCGCACAAACUGCACAAAAUAUACAACAAAUUGCCAAUUAAAGCAGGAUUAAUUCAGAUAAAUAAAAACAAAGGCGUUAAACGACUUGAACUUGGGAGCACCUUAAAUGAUUAUGUGGCAUAUGGUUGAGCAAUAAAAGGAAAUAUUGAGUAAUAUGCCCAGCUCAAGACGUGCGAUACUGGGACACAUUAUGUCUGGCCUAUGCAGCAAAAUGAAUCGCACCAAGCCGGUGCCCGCGGAUGUGAUGGAGACGCCACUCAAGCGCUGUCUAACCACUUUUGACAUUGCGCUGCUGGGUAUUGGCCAUAUGGUAGGCGCGGGCAUCUAUGUGCUGACUGGCACUGUGGCCAAGGAAAUGGCUGGUCCUGGCAUCAUCUUAUCCUUUGUGCUAGCCGGAUUUGUGUCUAUGCUAGCGGCGCUGUGCUACGCGGAGUUUGGCACUCGGGUACCCAAGGCUGGUUCUGCUUAUGUCUACACCUACAUAUCGAUUGGUGAGUUUUGGGCCUUUGUCAUUGGCUGGAACAUACUGCUCGAACAUAUGCUGGGUGCUGCAUCGGUGGCACGAGCCUGGAGUGGUUAUGUGGACUCCAUGCUGGGCGGCUGGAUUGCCAAUACGACGCUCUCGCUGAUGGGCGGCAUUCAUGAACCCGGUCUAGCGCAAUAUCCCGAUGUGUUGGCCUUCCUGGUGUGCAUCAUUUAUGCUGCGGCCCUGGGCAGCGGUGUAAAGGCGACCGCGGUCUUCAAUAGCAUACUCACGCUGGUCAACAUUGGCGUCAUGAUUGUAGUCAUUAGCGUGGGUUUCUGGUAUGCGGAUGCCAACAAUUGGUCCGAAGCGGAAGGAGGUUUCUUGCCCUACGGUUUUGGUGGCGUCAUUGCGGGAGCUGCCACCUGUUUCUAUGCCUUUGUGGGCUUCGAUUCGAUUGCCACGUCCGGUGAGGAGGCUAAAAAUCCCUCGGUUUCCAUACCCAUUGCCACGGUGCUGUCCUUGUGCGUGGUUACACUGGGCUACAUCCUUGUGAGCGCUGCCUUGACAUUGAUGAUACCCAUUAGUGAGAUUAAUCCGGCUGCUUCGUUGCCCGAGGCCUUUGGCCAAUUGCAACUGCCAUGGGCCAAGUACAUCAUCUCUAUAGGCGCACUCUGCGGCAUGACAACGACUCUACUGGGCUCCCUCUAUGCGCUGCCCCGCUGCAUGUAUGCCAUGGCAUCGGAUGGACUGCUCUUCAGCUGCUUUGGACGCAUCAAUACGAGCACUCAAGUGCCGCUGUUGAACCUCAUCAUCUCGGGAUUGCUGAGUGCUGCGUUGGCUUUGGUCUUUGAUUUGGCCAAGCUGGUGGAGUUCAUGUCCAUUGGUACUCUGCUGGCCUACACUAUUGUGUCGGCCAGCGUCAUCAUACUGCGCUAUCGUCCGAUUACACACCUGGGCAGUCCGAACCCGGUUUAUGCGCCCGACACACCCGAGGAUGAGAACGACGAGGAUGCAGAGUCGCAGUCCAGCAUUGACACCGCAUCGCCCACAAGUGAUCUCAUCGAGGGAGCGCUGGCUGGUCGCCUGAAGCCACAGUUCCGCUGGCUGGAACCACUCUUGGGACGCUUUGCACCCGGCUCUGUGGUCUCUGUGUGCGUGCUGCUCUUCAUUGUGCUCAGCUUUGCCAUCUGUUUGGAGCUGAAGGUAUCCUGGACGGAGUUGUACACUGGCACCUGGUGGGCCCUAAUCGUCUAUGGUUUCAUCAUCUUUGCGGCCAGCACUUGUGUUGCCAUCAUGGCCGUGCAUAAUCAGAAUACGCGCGGCCUCAACUUCAAGGUGCCACUAGUUCCAUUUGUUCCGGCCUUGGGCAUCUUUUGCAACAUUAUGCUGAUGGUGCAUCUGGAUGCCUUGACCUGGGUACGCUUCUUUGUUUGGGUAUCGAUUGGUAUGGUCGUCUACUUCCUCUAUGGCAUACGACACAGCAAAGAGGGCGAAGUGUGUUCCUCCUAUUCCAUACUGAUGACCUCCUCCGAGGCAGGUAAGCUCAAUUGGGGAUCAUUUAAGGGAUCGCGCAGUUCGACAGCAGCCAAACACACUGUUCUGGAACGUUUCAUGGGUCGUAGCAAGCUGGAGGAUAAGAAACCUAUUGUCGAGGAGGAGUACGACGAGGAGAAUGCAGAGAGCCCACAUUAGAUGUGUUGCAUCUGGGAGAAAAGCACAAUGGUCUGUGAAGCAACAAGAUUCUUGAUUUAUUCCUUUGUUAUCCUUUAUGAUAAAUCGAAAACAUGUUGAAAACAAACCAAAAACAAUUAUGCAAGCUAGUGUCGAGUGGUCUCGACUGUGAGAUACCCGCUACCCAUUUUCAGAGUGCGCCCUUUGAAGCUGUUUUU